AUGAUCAAAAUAAUAAAAAUAUUUCAUAUUCAAAAUUCAGCAUUAAAUAUUAUUUGUUCUGCAAUAUCAGUUUUUCUAACAACUUAUAAACAAGUAUCUAUUAUUUUUGCAUGGCAACUUGAUCAAAUCUUACUUAAUGAAAAUAAUGAUGAUUUAGCAUUUAAACAAAAUGAAGAACUUAUAUGUGGAACAUUAUCACGUAUUCUUCAAAUAAUUAAAAAAUCAUCACCAUAUUUUCAUCCAUUUGUAUAUGUUCUUACAGAUCAUGCUCAGUUUAAUGAUGAUUCUAAUUUUAAUAUAAUUCCAUCACCAUUUAUUGGUCUUGAACGAAGUUUAACAACUGAAUAUGAACGAAAUCGAUUGAAACUUAUUGAUCUUCAAACAUCAUUAAAUAAUAAUAAUCAAUCAAUAUUUAUUUAUACUUUAAUAGAAUAUAUGAUUAAUUCAAGAUAA